AUGGCUACGCCUUCCCAAAGCCAUUCAUCUGGAAGAAGAGAGGAAGAUAAUUCUGAAUGGCGCCAAGCCAUCGAAAGAAGGCAGUUAGCGAGCGAGCGCCAACUACAAACUCUCCUCCAGGAGACGACGAGGUUAAGAGAAGAAAAUGCAAUACUACGUAUCCAGGCAUCGUCGACAGGAGUUCCCCGUCGUCAGCUCUCCCGGGACCAGGUGGCCAACUCAAGGGCUCACCAGGAGUCGAUUUACCCUGGAACAGCGGAAGCAAUCCCUGAAACACGCAGCGCUAGGCCGCAUGAGCCACACACGCCUAUGCCUCGAGCUCCCCGUGAAGAGAGCUCAGAUUCCACCCACUUCUCGUCAAAAAGACGACGUGACAGAAGAUCCCAAUUGUCGGGCGCCAUGCGCGCGAGACUGGGCCCCCAGCAAACUGGCAGGCCCAAGCCACCGACGACCAUCGCAGGGGGAGUGCACCAUGAUCCUACGGUCACCCCCAUGCCACAGAACGCUCUUUCGCACCGUGACCCCUUGGUCACCCCCAUGAUGCAGAACGCUCCACCGCACCAAGCGGUACGAACCAUUGGGAAAAAUCUCCUGAGCGAGCCACCCAUGGGCUCCAUUAGCAAAAGUGACCCCUUUGACCAUAUCAUGCACUAUCGGCAGCUCAUGACCCUCGACAUAGGCAACGACCCACUGCUGUGCAAAGUAUUCCCUGCCAGUCUGCAAGGACAGGCUCUUUCAUGGUUCCAUCGCCUACCUCCUAAUUCGGUGGAUAAUUUCAGAGACCUUUCAGAAGCUUUCGUGGGACAAUACUUAUGCUCCGCCCGACAUAAGCAAAACAUCAGCACCUUGCAAAACAUAAAAAUGAAGGAUAACGAAUCCUUGAGGGAGUUCGUGAAACGAUUUGGCCAGGCUGUCCUACAAGUGGAAGCUUGCAGCAUGGACGCUGUCCUACAGAUUUUCAAACGAUGUAUUUGCCCAGGCACUCCCUUUUUUGAGUCACUAGCAAAAAAGCCUCCUAUGACAAUGGACGACUUGUUUCGACGUGCAAACAAAUACUCAAUGCUUGAAGAUGACGUACGGGCAGCCACCCAGCAAGUAUUGGUGGCCGGACAGGCAUCCAAGGGUACUACAGAGGGAAGCACUAAACCUCCGGACAGGCCAAGACCAUCCGAUCGAAGGCAAGAAGGACCAAGCCGCCCGGAAAUGCCACCCCUCACACCACUCUCUAUAACUUAUGAGAAGCUUCUCCCUAUGAUCCUGAGCAUGUCCGAUUUCAGGUGGCCCAGACCCCUCGGAUCGGAUCCAUCCAGGAGAGACCAUAGCAAAAAAUGCGCUUACCAUAAGGAGCACGGCCAUACAACGGAGACGUGCAGAAGCCUCCAAUAUUUGGUGGAAAGGCUUAUAAAGGCGGGUCAUUUAAGGCAAUACCUCCGUACAGAUGCUAGAGAUGGAGAUGCCUCCCGGGGCCGCGAUUCUGGGGCCCCCAUGGCUCCGGCCGCCCCCAAAGCCGUCAUAAAUUACAUUAAUGGAGGCCCGUCGGAUGAAGAGCUCAAUUCCAAGCGAAAAAGGCAGAGGUUGUUGCGGGAAGCGAUGGUGCGUGAGCGUAUCAAUUCCAUCCGACCUGGGAUAACCGAAGGAGGCCCGCACCCCAUAGACGGAACGAUCAUUUUUCCUCCAGUAGACCCCACGCGGAUAUUACGUCCGCACCGUGAUGCCCUCAUUCUAUCCUUGGGAAUAGACAAAUUCGACGUAAGACGCAUCUUAAUUGACCCAGGUAGCUCAGCUGAUCUGGUGCAAGCGUCAGUCAUAAGCCACAUGGGACACAACUUAGUCGGUCUCGAAAACCCUGGAAGGAUUUUGUCCGGAUUCAACGGGGCAUCAACUACCUCAUUGGGAGACAUUGUGCUACCAGUCCAAGCUGGCCCAGUCACUCUCAACGUUCAAUUUUCGGUAGUCCAAGAUCUAUCACCCUUCAAUGUUAUCUUGGGACGUACAUGGCUACACUGUAUGAAGGCCAUCCCCUCCACAUAUCAUCAGAUGGUGAGCUUUCUCACUGAAGAUGGGCAAACCAACCUAUACGGCAGCCAGCUAGCCGCUCGCCAAUGCUACCAGAUAGCAAGAGAAGCAGGGACCAGUCGGGAGAAUGAACCCCUCCCCGAAUCCACCCAUGCGCUCGACCAAUAG